AUGUUGAGUACUACUGUUUUUAGGCGAAGUUUUCAUAAAUCAAUAAAUAUUUUCACACCGGUAAGUUAUAUAGUUCAUUCAUCAUAGAUAAUUUCAGCUUUCUUGCAGGUUGCAUUGAAUUCGUUGAAUUUUACAUCAAAAACUGAUCAUAAUCCACCAUUAGUUAUUGUUCAUGGUUUAUUUGGUCAAAAACAGAAUUGGAAUUCAGUUGGCAAAGCACUUCAUAGAAAAUUAGAAGCAUCAGUUUAUGCUGUAGAUGUUAGAAAUCAUGGAAAUUCCCCACAUACAAAUGAAAUGACAUAUACGGAUAUGGCAGAAGAUUUAGUUAUGUUUGUAGAUAAAAUACGAAAAGAAACUGGACAACAAAAAGUGAAUUUAUUGGGACAUUCAAUGGGAGGAAAAAUUGUGAUGAGAAUGGCAAUUGAUUCGAAAUGGUGUGAUAUGAUUAAUAAAUUGAUUGUUGAAGAUGUUUCACCAAAAGGAUAUUCGAGAAGACAUUUAGGUUUGAAUUUUUUGAUUGAUUUAAAUUCAUAUCAUUUUUUAGAGUUUCGACAUUUGAUAAAAGCAAUGCGCGAUGUAAAUUUGCAAAGGUCUCGAAAAGAAAUCCUGAUUGAUAUGGAAAAUAUUGUACCUGAUCUUUCAAUGCGUCAAUUUCUUCUCACAAAUCUUCAACCAUCUCAAAAACAAAAAGGUUUUAUGGAAUGGAAAUGUAAUUUGAAUACAAUUGACAAUCAUGUUGAAGAUAUUCUUGGAUCAAGUCUUCCAAUUGGAAGUUUUCGUGGUCCAACACUAUUUCUUCACGGCGAAGUUUCUGGAUAUGUCACAGAAGAUCACAAACCAGAUAUAAAAUGUUUAUUUCCACAAGUUAUAUUUGAUUCAAUUCCUGGAGCUGGUCAUUGGGUUCAUGCUGAGAAACCAGAACUAUUUAUCAACAGUGUUGUUAAAUUUUUAUCUAGUUGA